AACAAAACAAACGAGCGGAUCACAAUAAAAUAUAAACUAAAUGCGCUGGAAGCUUCAGUUUGUUUUAUUCGCUAUAAUUCAAAUAGUGAGGUCCCAGAAUGGAGAAGAUUCGGAUUCAGAUACGGAAGUGGAAAUGGAUUCCGAGGUAGAAUCGGGCCAGUUUUUUAGCCAUUUGUACAAGAGCAACUUGCAACAGUUGGUGAAAAUUAAGAAUGACUCAAUGGAUCCGUGUGAUGACUUCUAUGCACAUGCUUGUGGAAACUUCGAUCAAACGAAGGAGGAAAAUUCCGAUGAUUUUCUUCCACCCUAUCUGUAUAACAAACAGGACAGAAUGAACUUCUUCACAGCUGAGGUUGGAAAUUUUGAAACUAUACCAGGACGAUUGAUUUCUCAACUUUAUACGGAAUGCCGAAAGAGGGAAGAACGAAAUGUUUUCACCCCUACUCGAUUGACUUCUCACUGGGAACGUAUGCUCGAUGAGAUCCCAUUCCUGGCCAGGCAUAAAGAGGUGCUCUCUUCCUGGCCUUUCCUUAAACAUCAAUGGGAGCGAAGGCGCCUUUAUGGGCAGCUGAAUUGGAUAGUUCUGUCAGCACAACUGGCAGCCCAUGGCCUACCCACUUUACUUCAUAUCUACUUUGCCUUGGAUACGAUUUAUGUGAGUCCCAUGGAGGAGCUGCCCUGUCCUAGUAUCGCGGACUUUCAAUCUAGCCUGUCUGAUGUCUUGGAAGGUAGACAUCAUCAAGUAUCCCGUAUAAUAUCACAUGAGAUGAGGGUUCUGUGUCGCGAAAUGAGAGGAGAACUUCCGCUCGUAAGAAGUUUGAGCCAGAAUACCAGAACCAACACCUCCAGACCAGGUGAAGAACAGCUUCUUCUGGAUGAAAACACCAUGGAUUAUUUUCAGCAGUAUUUUGCCGCACUUAACUUCUCCGAGGAACGGCUGGUGGGAGCACGCAAGUUUCCUCUCGAUGUCGAGAAGAUCACUCAAGCCUGGGAAGUUCUCAGACAUACGGAAACUCGCAUAGUGUACAACUAUGUGAUGUGGCAGGCCAGGGAGCAGCUUCGAUAUCCGGACUGCUAUAGGGUAUCUGAGGAAUUCGAGAGACUACUGCACGCUGAAUACUGGCAAUGGCAUGUUUUGAGACGCCAUCUGAGCAGGGAAGUCGCUCUGGCAUCAUAUCAACUUCAUACCACUCGCUUCCAAAAACUAAGGAGAUCCAAGUUGUCCAGAAGAGAUUGGUAUGGGCACCUGUGGCCAGCUUCUGUGGAGAAGAAGGAGCUUCAGGUGGCACGCAUCCUCCAAAAUCAUGCAGAAAACUAUCUGAAUAUAACUGAACUAAAUGAAAACUACGAAGGAUUGAAAUUGGAAAAGAACUCCUUUUAUGCAAAUCUUCUGAUCCUUAGACGGGCUCAACUGCGCCAUAGUUUCGUAUCGCCUUAUGUGGACGAGGAAGAUGUAAAUCAGCCAGCAUAUUUCUUGAGGCACUUCCUUCACUUUGUACUGCUUUCCUUGCACCGCCCUACUUAUCACUAUUAUGCCACACACGGCUUGGAACUUUGGAGGGAGUCCCGACUUCUCUUGGAUACCGAUGGCCACUAUACCGCCAUGGAUUGCCUAGAACGGCAAUCAUUCCAACACUACGAUGCAAAAUUGGCUCCAAUUUACAGACCACUUGGUUCGCACGAGAUCGCCGAGAUCUUCCAGUUUUAUCGCUCUUUUCAGUAUUCCCUCACGGACUAUCACUUUUGGCUUCAGGGUGAAAGGUUCGCCUUUGCCGAGACCUUUGUGCUGGACUACUUCGGAUUGAAUCCACACAGGGUACUCUUCUAUGCGGUGGCCCAGCAGUUAUGUAACCGCCAAACGGAGAUAUUUGCUGCCCAAUUGAAUAGGGGCUAUAUGAAUCUUCCCGAGUUCCAGGAGGCUUUCAAGUGCGGAGCCGAAAAGGCCAUGAAUCCCCCAUCCAGAUGCAUGAUCAACAUGUGUGAAAGGCCACAUACUUGAUGUUUUCAACUUUAAAAUUUUAAUUUAAAAUCAUUUUAAUGAAGAUAUGUUAGAGAUAAAAAAUAAAAUGUAUUGUUAUAUUUACCUAGUCAUUGGAAAUAUACUUGUUAUCAACAUUCACUAU